AGAGGGGCAGCAGACAGCAGAUGGAUCCGGUGGCCAGCAGCUGCAUGAGGACCCCCCAUCCCCCAGCCCCCGUCUGGGGUUGCCUUCGAAACCCCCACUCGGAAGGCAGUGGCCCCUCAGGGCUGCCCCACUAUCCGCCAACCCCAUUCUCCUUCCACCAGAAAUCAGAUUUCCCAGCGACAGCAGCGUACCCCGAUUUCUCUGCUUCCUGUCUGGCAGCUACCCCACACAGCCUGCCACAGGAGGAGCGCAUCUUCACUGAGCAACACCCCGCCUUCCCACAGCCCCCUGACUGGCACUUCCCUGUCUCUGAGGCCCGGCAAAGGCUCAACCCAGGCCCUGCUGGGAGCUCCAGAGAGAUGGGGGCUAGCAGCCCAGGCCUGGUGGACAGCACGGGAGGACCAAGUGAGGACUACGUGGUGCUUGGGAGCACUGCCAGUGAACCGGAGAAGAAAUCAACCAGACGGAAAAAAGAGCGGUCAGACAACCAGGAGAACCGAGGAAAGCCAGAAGGCAGCAACAAGGCCCGAAAGGAGAGGACAGCCUUCACCAAGGAGCAGCUUCGGGAGCUAGAGGCUGAGUUUGCCCACCAUAACUACCUGACCCGGCUCCGAAGAUAUGAGAUCGCUGUGAACUUGGACCUCUCUGAGCGGCAGGUCAAAGUGUGGUUCCAGAACCGAAGAAUGAAGUGGAAGCGAGUGAAGGGGGGUCAACCUGUGUCCCCUCAUGGGCAGGACCCUGAGGAUGGGGACUCUGAAGCUUCUCCAAGUUCAGAAUGAGGUGCUCCAUAGGAAAAAAAGACUUAAGAACUGAACCCCCUUUCCCACUGUCCCCACUCAUUCCCACCUUCACCUCCCUCCGGCCCAUCCAGGGGCAGUCUCUGCACACCUUGUCCUGACUCUCUUGGAUGUGAAGCUGCCCAGUGUAUAGGAACUUAGGCAUUUCCCAGAAAGUACUGCCCAGCAUCUCAGUCUCAGCAGUUCGUCCCCCAGGGCCUCAGCUUCCCACACUCUCCUGGAAUCAUACAGGGCUGACUGCACUGGAUGAAUCUAGAAACAGCAGCAGGGACGCUCUUCCUAGGGUGUCUUGGCUGGUACCCACACCUCUGCCUGCCACCAUCCUGCUAUAUCAGCCAGGCCUUGUCUCUGUCUGGCCACCGCCUGGCCUGUAGGGAAGGGAGCCUUGGAGCCAGCUGGUGACUCAUGAAAGGAAAAGCUCCAAAAGAAAGAAAGUGAUGGAGAUGCAGCCUGGACCACUUCCCCGCUUUCCUUCUGAGGCUUUGGGGACCAGUCAUUGCUGUCCCCAAGCUCCAAGGGGAACCAGAGUGAAGAGGUUUAAACACAGCAACUUGGGCUGUACAUCAGAAACCUAUUCCUGUCUCCCAUUUUGUUGACUACUGAGUAGACAAAUUUAUGCAUUGUCUGGGAGAAGACAGAACAUUAGCUCAGUGGAGCAGCCCGUGUCGCCGUCUAGGCUCGACUUGACUGGGUGGCUGAGGAUGAACCCAAGACAGCACCUGCUGGGACUGCUGAGCAGAAACCCUCUCUAGAUGCUCACACUGUUGAGUUGAAAGUGGUUUCUGUAUCUAAGGAUGAGGAGUUAGCAUGAGGGCUGCUGGAUGAGGACCUAGACGUGUAGGCCCCUGGAGUAGAAAGUUCUCCAGCCCCAUCAUCCUGUGCACUCCCAAAGACUCUGACUAUAGAUGAAGACAGGAAAACAAUCCUUCCCCCAUGGGAUGCAGUUCAGCCCCUUCUGUGUCCCCACAAAGGCUAUUAUUGUGGGUGGAACUGUACUGUGGGAGGUUCAUACAUGUGCACUGCUCAGACCUCAGACUCAACUUCUAAGGAUGCUGCUGUGAGGACUGAUGGCCAAACAGCCUGGGGCAACCGCAGCUUUGGAAAGAGACCCUGGUGCACCUCAGGUGCUUGGUGCUGGGCCUACCAAUCCCAGCUGGUUACAGAAGGAGGUCAGCAAGAUUUGAUCAUUGGUAUGUAAAAAUAAUCCAACCCCACCUCCCCAUCCCCCCAAAAGACAAAAGCUAUGGAAAAUGAUUGCCACGUGAGAUGGCUGGUUAAAAUGUGUGUCAUUUUUUUUCCUAAAGCAUACUCCAUAUGUUUUCCUAAGAUUGCAUCAAACUAAUUGUAUAAGGUCA